AUGUCAGCUUCCAAUCAAAGUUGGCAGCACUUCCAAGCUGAACAUCUGCCAAACACUUUGAGUGCAAUUCCCCAUCAUUCCCAUGUCUUGAAAUCUCUCAAUCCUCUCAACCCCUCUAUUUGCAAAACUAUACAACUCAAUCCAACAGCUUAUUUACCACAGAAAACUCGCAAGAAUCACGAUUCCCUUUUAAAAACCCUAGUUUACCAAAAUCAAACAUCAAGAAGCAAUCCAACGAAUCCAGCUUCACAUAUCAAGAGGAAUAGCAAGAAAUUGAAUGUGUUCUUUUGCAUGAACCGCCGCAAGAAAGAGAAGAUGGAUAUGAGAAUGAUUGAAUGCACUGUGCAAUCUUUGAACUUGUUUGGUCCUGUUCUUGAUAACGAAAUAGCGAAGGCUCCAACCACAACUGCAACGAGGGCGAUCUCCUCUGAAGGAAGUGUGACACACAACACAAUCCAUGAUUUCCAAUUCGAUGCUCCAAAUAAUGCAUCCCCGUUAGCUCUGAUUCAUGCCCUUUACACGCUACCCCUGCUUGAAAACGUUGUUUAG